GCCCUGAGACGGGUUUUGAUUAGUCUAGAAGUGAUUCAGCUCCCGAUUGGUGGUAAUCUGGGGUACGAGGUGGAAUUUUCCUGGGUGGAGUCCCCCUGGGAGGCAUCGGGUGAUGGAGAUACCGCCUCUUCCUUUUGUGCCAUGGCGGCAUUCGAUUCCGCUUAAAGGGCCCUGGUGAUUGGAAAGCAGGUCGUGUCUUUAAGAUGGUUCACGAUGGCGAUGAAGGCCCCAGUCUGAUUCCUCCCCCACCUUUGUCCACCUGAACUGGUCAUUGUUUGGUUGCCACGGCGUGGUGAAGGAACAAGUCUCGAGCAGAGUGCGGAAGGAUGUAAGGCUAGUCUGAGUUGCAUGGUGGGAUAAUGCCAGAGUUGCGAAGUGGUGCUCGGAGAGGUCUGAGGUCAAACAAGGUUGGCAACGUCCAGGCAGCAGAUCCAGUUGGGAGUCCGGCAGUGCCAACUCCACGAGGGAGGGUUGGAAGGUUUGAAGGUGCUGCGGCUGGUAAAGUUAACAAGGUAGCUGCCAAGGGAAGAGGGAGGUCAGCUUCAAAACAUAGAGGAAAUAGGCUCAAGGCUAUUGAUUUGCAGACUGAUCUGCCUUGCAAGAACCUCCCUGAAGCUGUUGCUGGUGAGGCAGUUAUCGGCACAGCCCAGGAGGACCUUUGUUUGAGCAAGGCAGCAGACCGGGCUGCCAGCUUAAGAAUGGAUGGUGAUAGUGCGGACAAAUUUGCAGUGGCUGAGGAUGACACCACAACAACCCCAGUGCCUGAGAGGGUUCAAGUAGGUAAUUCCCCAGAAUAUUUAACUGGUAGAAAGUUAGGCAAAGGUGGCUUUGGCCAGGUCUAUGUUGGAAAAAGAGUAUCUGGUGGAUCUUCUCGUAUGGGUCCUGAUGCAUAUGAGGUUGCACUGAAAUUUGAGCAUCGAAGUAGUAAGGGAUGCAACUACGCCCCCCCAUAUGAGUGGCAGGUUUAUCAAACUCUCAAUGGUUGUUAUGGCAUUCCAUCAGUCCACUACAAAGGUCGCCAGGGAGACUACUACAUUCUCGUAAUGGAUAUGCUUGGUUCUAGCCUCUGGGAUGUUUGGAAUUCUGUAGGACAGGCGAUGUCUCCUCAUAUGGUUGCUUGUAUUGCUGUUGAGGCCAUAUCAAUUCUUGAGAAACUUCACUCAAAAGGCUUUGUACAUGGCGAUGUGAAACCAGAGAACUUUUUGCUUGGUCAGCCUGGAUCACCUGAUGAAAAGAAGCUUUUCCUGAUUGAUCUUGGUUUAGCAUCCAGGUGGAAAGAAGCAGCAUCUGGUAAGCAUGUUCAGUAUGAUCAGAGGCCAGAUGUCUUUAGGGGAACAACUAGAUAUGCUAGUGCCCAUGCCCAUUUAGGUCGUAAUGGUAGUAGGAGGGAUGAUCUGGAGUCACUGGCAUACACCCUUAUUUUUUUGAUAAGAGGAAGAUUGCCUUGGCAAGGCUACCAGGGAGAUAACAAGAGUUUUCUUGUUUGUAAGAAGAAAAUGGCCACUUCUCCGGAGAUACUGUGUUGCUUCUGUCCAGCUCCUUUCAAACAUUUUCUUGAGAUGGUCACCAAUAUGAAAUUUGAUGAAGAGCCAAAUUACCUGAAGCUUAUUUCUCUUUUUGAUGGUUUGAUAGAAGGGCCUGCUUCAAGGCCCAUCAGAAUUGAUGGAGCUCUAAAGGUUGGACAGAAACGUGGAAGAACACCUGCACAUCUGGACGCCGACGAACAACCUAAGAAGAAAAUUAGAUUGGGGAGCCCAGCAACUCAAUGGAUUUCAGUUUAUAAUGCUAGGCGGCCCAUGAAGCAGAGAUACCAUUAUAAUGUAGCUGAUGCAAGGCUGCACCAGCAUAUAGAAAAAGGUAAUCAAGAUGGCUUGUAUAUCAGUUCUGUGGCUUCUUCAGCAAAUUUCUGGGCUCUUAUCAUGGAUGCUGGGACUGGGUUUUGUUCUCAAGUUUACGAGCUCUCACAAGUGUUUCUGCACAAGGAGUGGAUUAUGGAGCAGUGGGAGAAGAAUUAUUACAUAACAGCAAUUGCUGGAGCAACCAACGGAGGUUCCUUGGUUGUAAUGUCCAAAGGAACUCCUUACACACAGCAGUCAUACAAAGUCAGUGAAUCAUUUCCUUAUAAGUGGAUUAAUAAAAAAUGGAAAGAAGGCUAUCAUGUAACAUCUAUGGCUACUGCUGGGAAUCGCUGGGGAGUGGUCAUGUCCAGAAAUUCGGGCUAUGCUACUCAGGUUGUGGAGUUGGACUUUCUGUAUCCUAGCGAAGGGAUUCAUCAUCGAUGGGAGACUGGUUACAGAAUAACAUCGACUGCAGCUACACCCGACCAAGCUGCUUUUAUCUUGAGCAUGCCGAAGAGGAAACCAAUGGAUGAGACGCAAGAAACUCUUCGGACUUCCGCCUUCCCCAGCAACCAUGUAAAGGAAAAAUGGGUGAAGAACCUAUAUAUUUCCUCGAUCUGCUAUGGCCGAACUGUGUGCUGACGGCUAUGUCUGAAGCUCUAAGGUGAAGGAGUUCAGGUUUCCAGUGGAGGCUGAAGACCUGCGAGAUGGAACAAACUUCCACAUAUAGCAUCGGAUUGCAAAUGGCUGGCAUUGGCUUCUUGCAAUAUCCUACUCUAGUUGUGAAGGAUCAUAUGCGAUGCUGUAUCAGAUGUGAACCUUGCCCACAAGCUAGUGUGAUAUUCCUUAAUAUUUGCUGUAUGUGCUUUCUCCAUUAACCACUGGCACAUUUAGCUUUGGCGAUAUAAUUGAGCUAGCAGGUGCCCUUCUUCUCAA